AUGCGUGAAGGUGCCAGCCGUUCUCCUAGACCUUCAAGAGCUCCCGCCAAGCUCUGCCUCUCCUUUUUUUUUUCCCCCGAGCACGCACAAACUUCCAAACAAGAUCUUUCCCCGCGCCACCAACGUCGCGACGCUUACCAGCCAGCGCGUCUUUUCUGGUCUUUUCACGAUCAGAUUCCCGGUCGACUCAUUUGCCCUGCAGCCCAAGCCAACUUCGGGCAUUUUCAGUCCUCACUUUUCUCAAAUGGAGGUGCUAACAGUCUCACUCACAGAAAUAUGCCCGGUCCAAUUCGUGGUACCGGUAGCAACGGAAAUGGCGGCAGCAACCGUCAUCAACCCUACUAUUUCGGUCCUUCGAGCAUCACGCUGCCUCUACGUCCUCGCCGUAAUGAAACUCCCCCCGUUGCCCGCUCCGCCCCUCCUGCCCCGCCCAAGCCCGCCGCAAAGCGUUUCAGCAAACUCAAGGAUUUUAUGCCGAAGGCCGGUAUGAAGUUCAAGGCCAGACCCACUGUUACCGCGCGAAUGAGGCGUGACAAGGCAAUUUGGCUCGCCAUGAUGGAUAUCGUGCCCUUUUUCAAGGCCAGACAUUUGCAAGCGUCCUUGACAGAAAUCAUGGACAUUGCCACCGAGACGGUCAUCAGAAGAAAGCCUCCUGUCGAUUUUGUGGAGUGCCUUAGCGAGGGAGAUGGGCUCAUCACUGUCGAGGCCACGUUGCAGACGCUCCGGAUUGUUCGGGAGAAUCAUCCUCUCUCCAGAAGAUUGAGCCCGGCUACGUUCGCGGAGUUGUUCAUCGAGAUUGUGAAGGCCCGCGACGCCUACUUCGCGCAUCACAGAGAGCGCGGAACCAACCCGCAGACAGUCGAUGCUCAUUCAAAAUUGGCGCAGGCGGUGGACAGAUUCCUUGCGGUGGCGUGGUUCUGGGACGGAAUGGAAAUUUUUGUCAAGAUGGAAUCUGAGCAUAUGGAACUUGAAGCCAGGGCCAUCGACAACGAAGAUACCACAGAGGAGCAAGAAGUGCUCCACCCAGACGAUGAGGGCACCGUCGCUGCCGUUUCUUCGCUGGUCGCAGGCUUCAAUGGCUGUAGUGUGUGGACUUUGAGUACCGAAAAGUACGAAGACGACGUGGAUCCUAUCACUGACGAGGAGGAAGAUGAAGUGAUGGGCGGUACACAGGUCUCUUGA